AUGCAAGACAUGCCCUCUCCCUCUGUUUUUGUGCCUGAGCCGCCGCUGACCUGUCCGCAGCCCGUGUUCCUCCGUGCCAGCCACUCGCCAUGGAGGUUCAUCCCUCAAAAUAUCCUCGUUAUUCUACGAGGUCUGGUGCUCGCCUACCUAGUGGCCACGUCGGUCAUGAUUGGUCACUUCAAGCUCAAUGUCGAGGUGGAUGAGACGACCAAGUUCAAGCACCUCUUCAGCUUCACCAUGGUCGCUCAUGUGCUGGUCUUUCUCUACCACCUCAUCACCUGGGCGUGGACCUUUACCCAUCUCUAUCACCCCGACCACCACGCUGUUCGAGGCGGAGUCGAGUCGCUGGUCGUCCGCGCCAUGUCUCUUCCUCGCAACAUGGGAAGCCUCCGCAAGCAAUUCUACUUUACGUUGUUCUUCUCGACGUCCACCGUCUUCUCCUUCAUGAACGCGGUCAUCUACUGGUUCGUCACCCGUGCCCACGAGGCGGGUGGCGAAGACGCCAUUGUCACGGCCGCCGUCACUGGACUGGAUGUGCUUGCGACGCCCGGCAAGGAGGCCGGCGCCCUCUUGGCUACUCAGAUGCCAGAACAGCCCUUCAGCGACCUCUUCGGUGAGGGAUGGUUCAAGGCCUUUGUCAUCCUGACGCUGCACGCCAUCAACCCGCUCAUCAUGACGACUGAGAUUCUCUUCUUCAACAGCAUCAAGCGACCCUUUGCCCUUGGAUCCCACUUUGUUGGCCUCAUGGCCAUGUCUGGCCUCUAUCUUGGUUGGGCCGCAAUCGGCAAGGCCCUGACGGGCGAGUUCCCCUUCUUCUGGCUCGACGAGGAGGAGGUAGGGUCCAAGGAGGCUGUGACCACGUACUGCAUCGGCUUCGUGUUCUUGUCGCAGAUCUUGUACAUCUUGAUGCAGGGCUUCAUCUACAUCCGGGAGGGCCUGACCAAGUCGAUCCAGGGCGCCGAGGGCUCCGAUGGGGCGCUUCACUCUUGA